AUGUCUUUCGUACUGAAAGGUGUAGCAUACAUUACCGGUGCUGGAUCCGGUAUUGGCCAGUACACUGCAUACGCUCUCGCAAAGCAGGGUGUACGCUCAUUCGCCUUGCUAGAUCGUAACUCCGUCACCAAAACCCUCACCGGACUAAACAACAUCUCACCAGAUGUUUCUGUCAAAACAUUCGAGAUCGACGUCACCAAUGAGAAAGCCGUCGAUGACAGUAUAGAGAAGACGGUCAAGGAAUUUGGACGACUAGACUAUGCGGUCAACAAUGCUGGCAUAGGUGGUAUAAUUAAGACGACAGACCAGAUACCAAAAGAUGACUUCGAAAAAGUUAUGGCCGUUAACACUACCGCCGUUUGGCAAUGCCAGCGUGCACAAAUUCGGCAGAUGCUCAAGCAAGAGAAGUUCUCAGACUCAUACCGGUCGUGUCGGGGUUCUAUCGUCAACGUAGCAUCAAUGUACGGCCUGGUCGCACCACCACUCAAUGUGCCUGCCACAGCAUACGCUACCUCUAAGCAUGCUGUCAUUGGCCUUACAAAGUCGGAUGCACUGGCUUUCGCGCACGAGGGUAUCCGGAUCAAUGCAAUUUCUCCAGGCUAUGUAAUGACACCUCUGGUGAAAGAGCACAUGGGUAAAGGCGAUAUGAUGGAAACCGAAAGGAAGAAAGUUCCUGUUCACCGCUAUUCGGAGAUGGAGGAAAUAGGCGAUUGCAUUGCCUUCUUACAUUCUGACGCGGCGAGUUACAUGAUCGGCGCCACAUUAGUCGCAGACGGGGGAUACACAAUCGUCUAG